CUCAUCAUAGACAUCUUUAAUCCCCAUACCUAAGUUUCAUACUUUAUGUAUACCUUCGGGUAUAACAACGGCUUUAUAUGUCGUGUGACGCGUCGUUCACUUCUCUGCACCAUGACUGAGACCACCUAUGGUUGUCGUAUUGAGUAUGUCCGUUUCAUAAAACCCAUUGUAUUAAAUUAGUAUGGCGUUUUUAUUUUGGACUGCUGCGCACUAGUGUCUUGUUCUUCAGUAUACCCCAAAGUUGUUCGAUAGGUAUAGAUCGGGUGUCUGCGCAGACCAGUCAUUGCAUUGUUUUUGCCUUCUAAAGUGGUGAAAAAUUGGCAAAUAUGUGUUUUAACAACAGCGUUUCAGACCGGCUUAAAGCACAUUUACGUAGUUAUGAUUGCUCAUACGCAUAAGAUUUCGCUGACCCCAACGACAGCCAUUCAGCUCUAAAUUAUAAUGCUGCCACUACCGUGUUUCCGUGCUUUCUAACAAACCUGUCAUCCGACGUUCUGUACUAUACCUGAAAAUGUGAAAAACACUCAUAUUGUAUAUAAUUUUUUUAUAUAAAAAGAAUAUAUACAGUCUAAUUAUUGUUGUUUAAAGCAGUAAUAUGAAACCUUAAAUACAUCAAAAAUUGAUUCGACGGACAAAGCCACAUUGGACUAGUUUUCUUAAGAAAAAGGUUGAUGUCUUAGACUCCAUUAUUAGCGGUUCUUUUUAUUGGAGUCGGAGAACUGUAACUUCUUUUUGGCCCUGCAGCGUUUUAUGGAUGCUUCAUUAAGUCUUCUUCUUAUUGUUUAAUAACUAAUCAGUUUUAUAUGCCCUCCCAUAAAGCUGCAGCGAACUUUUUUUUACAAUCUUGAGAGUCACGAAAGUUUUCUAUCCUGGCGGUCAGUUGUUAUGCGAUUUCGGCCUACCCUUAAUUUACUUACUUGAAAGCACGUUUUCGCUAAUCGUUUAGUACAGAUUUCGUUGCGCAACGGGGACAUUAAUAAUUUACUUGAUGGGGUGUAGUCUUUCAUUGUUCGUACAACAUCUGGAUUUUUAUUCAUUUUUCGAUAUCAAUCUCGCGUUAUUCGUGGUUCUGUAAAAUUCUUCGUAGAAACGACCACACACCAGCUUCCUAACACUAUGAAAUUUAAAUAAAAAACUAACAAAUGACUAACAUUAUUUAAAAACAAUAUUAUUAACGUUUUGUGGAACAGAUCUUUUAUAGUACCUAAAAAAACUCUUUAUAUUAUUUAAAAUUAAAAUCAGUAGGGUCAAAAAAGCCUUUUUACUAGAGUUAGGUAGGUAGGGCUAGGUUUGUGUCACGACUCAACUUCGAAUUAUAAGGGUGUGUGUAGUGUGUGACAAUGUACUGCGCUAGUCUAUUCUGAGACGUAAGAUGUUAAGUCUCAUAAUUCCUACAAACUAUACUAGCUACAAUGUAUUUGAAACCUUAACAAUAUGCAGCUUACACAAUGUUGUUUGGCGGCUGAAAUAGAUUUGCUAUGAUGGUAUCUUUCCAGCCGGAUUCUUGAAUAUAAUCUAUUUUCUGCGACUAAAUUGAAAUAAAGUCAUUUACCGAUCAUUUUAAAGAAUAAUCUACGUAUCCUUAUCUCACUCGAAUGUAAGAUCGGCACGACAUAUUACAAUUUUCAUAUAUUAUGUGAGUACGUGUAUCAAUAAAAUAUGCUAACAAAAUGUUUAUUUGAUGCAUGAUUAAUAAACGGCAGAAUUCUUUACGAUUGUCGAAAGACGUCUCACAAACUCUUAUCUCCAUUUUGUGGCCACAGUCGUCAUAUCUUAAUGUAUCACUGGAUUAUUGCGCCAUUAUAAGCUAUACACCAUUAUACAAUAUACACACUUAUCGGUCAUCAAAGAGGAAGCCGUCGAUUAUCUCUUUCGUUACAGAUACUUCACAGUUUUUUUAGGGACCUAUUGAAUGAUUUUUCCUGAUGAAAUGAUUCAAACUCGUUUUUAAUGUUAUGUUAGAAGUCUAAAAAAUAGUGGUUUCGUUGUAAAGAGAACGGAAAGGAAACUAAAAAGGUUUUAAUUUUCUUAUCGUAAAUAUGUAUGUCGCUGUUGCUUUAUUCUCGUGCCGUGUAAGAAUCAUCCUUCACUCAACUGAACUUGUAAUUAAGAUAUAGCCGGGUAAUGGUUAUACCAGUAAUGGGCAUAAUAAACAUAUAUAUCGGCCACUAACGAUUAAAAUGUAUGUAAAUGUUUUGAUUUUAUUAUCCUGUGCUUAUUGGUGUACCGCGAAUUAAAAUAAUACAAACCAUGAUACAUGAAUAGGCCCACUGUCGAAAUAAUAUUUUUCUUGUUAUCAUAGAAUAAGUGCAGUUCGUGUGUUAUUUAAUGCUUCGCAAUUUAAAUCCGUUUCAUCCAGAUUCGUUCAGCUAUUACACUAGCGUCUAUCUUAUUGUUUUUCGCUUGAGAAGUCCCGAUUAAUUUGGCUUUGUCCUUGGUUUACACGAGUCACAUUCAAAAUGACGUUAAAACAUAACCUGCCUUCUCUCUUAGUUGUUUUUGUUUUAAAUUAAAAAGUUAAGUUUCAAUACUUGGAAUUUUGUUUUGGAUAGAAAAAGGGAAAGAAAAAUAUUUUCCAAUUGUAAACGAUAAAAAGAAAUUAUGACAUUACAUUUGUAUAGUAAUAUCUUUUUGUCAUCACUAAAAUAGUAGUGUUGCCCGCGAAAUCGCCAGCGCAUUUGCCCCUUCAGGAAUGAUAGCUCCACUAUGCAAUUUCCCGGUUUUUAUUUACUAAUACUUGAGUAACUUCUGCCUGUUAAAUCUGUUUAAGAAAAGCCUUCUUAAUCCAAAUUUUGGUAUAUCUCUGCAGAAAAUUUCAUUCAAAUCCUUUCAAAAGGUUUCUGAGUAAUGAGUAUACCCAUUGGCGUAGUUACGGAUUUUCGCUAGCAGUGGCAGCUGACGGGAGAAAAAACUACCCUAAUUCAACAAAAGGCCUGCACCACACGAGGCGCUUAUAAGCACAGGGUUUAAAUAGGGUGGCAAAGACGUUUCUAGGGUAGGGCCGGCCAACCCUUGUCCCUCCAUAGCUACAUCUAUAACUACACCAAACAUACAAACACCUGCACCAAUUUUGAAAUUAAUCAUGUGUAUAAUACUUUUUAGUAGAAAUAGAAUAAACUUACCAUGUCAAGGGAGUAAUAUGAGUUUAUAGCCAAACGUAACAUAUAAACGAUUUAUCGCAAUAAAUACUAAAAUAAUAAUUUUUCUCGUGUAAUAUAAUGAUAAAUUCUCAAUAUGUCUCUCGAAAGUUGUAACUAUUCACCAAGUUUGUAUAAAUCAAAUAUGGGAUACUGAUAUUCCAUCCAAGCAAUAAAUAAGUUAUUCGUUCGUUUUUGGGCGUUUGGGAGGGUUAUCUUAUCGCCGUUAUAUUUAGUUAUUCAAAUAAAACGUCAGUGACAAAUUCUGUUGCAAUAAACAGUUCGUUUAUUAGUUUUAUGUGCCCGCGUUAAGGCCUUAUGAGUUACAAAAGUCCCUAAAACACUAGCGAUUCCUAAUGCAACCACCAUCUAUUUAAAAACGGAUUAAAAUAUCCCAGUAUUUCUCAUGGGAACAAAUGUCUGGGAUAAAAUUGUCUUUGUGGUAAUCUAAGAUAAGAUCUACAUAUCGUCAUGAUCGUAGAAAAAUGUCGGUUUUGAAAAAAAUACGAAAUUCACUUUUUACCUAAUUUAGAUACUACAUGGUCCAAAUAUAAUUACUGCAUUAAUGAAAAAAAUCUAUGUAUUUUGGAUUUCAAAUUAAUUAGUCGGUAUACUGACGGAUUUGAUAGAUGCUCAUAGUAAAACGCCGGUUAUGUAUGAAUGCACGAGGUAUCGUGGCCGGCAGCAUUGACGUGAUCAUUUUUCUACUGAUACCCAAUUAUGUAUUUUUAUCAAUUAGCGCUGCAGAUUAUGUUAUUAGACUUCAGUAUCUUUAAUCUCAUGCAUAAACCUAAUUAUGAGUUUAGCUGACAUUAAUAUUCAUAAGUCAAAGCAUACCUAUUAAUAAUUUGAUGCGAAAAAUUUAAAUACCUAACUCAAUCUACAUUGACCGAUAAUAUUUCAGUGUAUAAUUAUUUCACUAUCAAUAUCACUGGAAAGUGGAAAAACUAAUAGAAUUUAAAGUGAGAAGUUAAGACGGCGCGGACGAGAGCACGUUUCCGCAUGAUGCAGCCGGUGGACCUUUUUGUAAGGAGAGAAUAGGUCACAUUUAGUAUUUCAGUGUAUAAUUAUUUCACUAUCAAUAUCACUGGAAAGUGGAAAAACUAAUAGAAUUUAAAGUGAGAAGUUAAGACGGCGCGGACGAGAGCACGUUUCCGCAUGAUGCAGCCGGUGGACCUUUUUGUAAGGAGAGAAUAGGUCACAUUUUACACGUAUCUCGUCUUAGUACGACGCGCGGGGAGCUCCCGCCGGCCGCUCCCGCUCCCGGCGUAUCCGCGCAAUCGCCAUUAUCCAUCGAACUCGUCGACGCGUUGCACCAGAUUUAAUUUUGCACAACAAUUAAACUAAUUUAUAUUUGUUUACCAGUUUAUAAAAUUAUUUCAUGCCUAGUUUUUUUAUAAAGUCUGAUAAAAACUGCAACAAUGAAAACAGGGCGAUCAAAACAUAUGUUAAAACUUGUAGAAGAAAGAAGUAAAGCACAAAUUACGCAUUUUAACCACGAAGAGUUAAUCGUGGCGGAGGAUUGCAGUCCAGAAACUGCAGAAUGCCAUUCGCCAUUACCCCCAGGGGCACGCAGCGUAAUAGAAAAGAUGAAAGACAUUUAUGAUGAGGUUUUUUCAGACGACGUACACGGAACAAGCGAAAGCAUAAAAUCAACAGAUGAAAAUAUGGACCCGAACAUAGCAUAUCCUACUUGUGCUCUUAGAGAAGAUCCUUUUAUAGCUGGGUAUCAAAAUGCACCCUCACCAUGUUUACUUCCUUCAGAAAAUCAGCAAGGUGUUGUGUCAUUCUUAAAUACCACUUCAGCUUUAACCCCUUUAAAUACCUCCGCCUUGAUAUCAGAUCUAUCACCUUUCCCUCAACCGAUUACCCCAACUGUUGACAACAACGACCAAACACCUAUGCCAUCACCAGCAAAAACACACGGUGAAGAAUGUAAGGAUUUGUUUUGUCCCACUCACGAUGGUGUGGACUACAACAACGUUCCAUCAAUCAAUUCAUUUGUAUCUUCAUGUCAGUCAUCUCCAGCGUCUCUUAUACGAUGUAGAGGUAAAAAACGGGUCCGAAAUUAUGAUGGUUGGGAAGAAGUAAAGAGAAAGCGCUUAACGAAUGCAGGAAAAGAAUACUGCUCCAAAAAGGGAGUUAUUGUUUCAGCAAAAACUAUAGGUAGGCCUUGCACGUGUAGAUAUAGAUGUUACACUAUGUUAACUCUCGAAGAAAGACAGGAUGCAUUCGAAAAGUUUUGGAAAUUAGGUGAUCGUGAGAAACAGUGGUUGCAUGUUGCGAAUUAUACUUCAAAACAGAAGAAGAAAAGGGGUCUUCAAAGAGAUUUAAAGCAUAACCGCCAAUUCACUUACAAGUAUUUUUUGCCAAAGGGUUCAUCAAAAAUAGAGAUCUGUAAAACCAUGUUUUUAAGUACAUAUUCCAUUAGUGAAAGGUUAGUUCGGACAGCUUGGGAUAAAUAUGAUGGAAGCACUUUGAUUGAAAAAGACAUGAGGGGGAAACAUAAAAAUCAUAAUCGGAUUGUUGACGAUGAAAUGGUAAUGUCGGUUUGUGCCCACGUUAAUUCAUUUGUACCAGUAGAGUCUCAUUAUAAUAGAGCAGCGUCCAAAAGACUGUACUUAGAUGGUGACUUAAGCAUCGCUCGGAUGUUCAAUUUAUACAAAGAAUGGCCUGAACUUAAUAAUCAUUCAAAUACAGCUUCUAGUCUUAGACAGUACAGAGACAUAGUUAACACUCAUUUUAAUUUGAGUUUUCAUUUACCCAAAAAGGAUACCUGUGAUCAAUGUCACAGUUUUAAACAAACACAAAAUCCGCCUGAAGAUCUUAAAGAACAGUACGCAAAUCAUCUAAAUAGCAAAAGAAUGUCUAGAACCUUGAAAAAUACAGAUAAAAAUGACGCUAUUAAUUCUAAUGGACGCAUUGUUUGUGCUACCUUUGAUUUUCAAAAGGUUUUGUCAUGUCCUCACGGGCAAAUGAGUGUAUUGUAUUACAAACGAAAGCUGUCAUGCUACAAUUUCACCAUAUACGAUAUGGCUGUCAAACAAGGUUAUUGCUAUAUGUGGGAUGAAAGUGUUGCCAAACGUGGGGCAAACGAAGUAGCCAGUUGCGUUUAUGACUUCAUAAAGAAGUUUGUAUUAAAGGGUGUGAAAGAGUUUCGAUUCUGGUCAGAUAAUUGCGCUGGCCAGAAUCGAAAUCGCAUAGUUUUUUAUAUGUAUGCGCAUGUAGCUAAAGAAUGUGAUAUAACUAUAACACAUAGAUUCCUAGAAAAAGGACACACCCAAAACGAAGGGGAUUCUGUCCACAGCGUGAUAGAAAGGGCUGCUGAACAUAAAACAAUUUACACACCUGACGAAUGGAAAAUACUUGUUCGUUGGUCGAAAGUAACAGGUGAUUCUUAUGAAGUCAUAGAUGUAAAUCAGUCGUUAGUAUUUGAUUUUAAAGAACAACUUAAAAAUAAUAAUUGGGCUAAAAAUACAGCCAACAACAAAGUAACUUGGACAGGUAUAAAAGAAGUUUGUGUCGACGGGACUCAAAGUAAUAAAAUCCAAUACAAAUAUGCUUUAUCUGAUGAUUACAUGACCCUUAUACUUCGAAAGGAGACAAGAAAUUAUAAUAUUCCGACCUUACACAAUGCGUAUCUCCAUUCAAUUCCUAUCGAUAAUGAUAAAUAUAGGGAUCUAAUAAGUCUUUGCGAUUCCUCAAUAAUACCUACCAAAUACCAUAACUAUUUUAGAAGUUUAACGCAUGGACGUCAUAUUUCUGAUGAAAAAAAUGAUUCUGACUGAAUAAUAUGUGCAAAAUUGUUUUAUACUUUUUGUUUAGUUAUUAAUAUUUCUAGUUGUUUUGUUCUUACUAUGGUGAUCUCUAAAUUUGUGAUUUAUAUGUUUUUUUAAUUUUUUUUUUAUAAAUAAAGUUGUUACUACUCUAUAUUGUGAUAGCUAUGCUAAUACAUUUAAUAUUUAAGUUUGAGAUUAGUAUUUACCAAAUUAGAAGAAAUCCGUUCCAAAAAGCUUAAUAGUCAUCUUAGCCAAAAAUAAUACUGUUGAUGUUUACUUUAUUAAAACUUUAUGUUUAUUAUAUUAUUAUUGAUUUGAAAAUGGUACAACCAAAUAGUGUAUGUUUUAUUUAAGAUACCCGGUCUAAUCAUACUACGAUAUUGACUUACCUAUUUACUCACCCACUAUCUACCCACCUACUUACUUAUAAUCAAAAUAAAAUAAUAUGACAGAUAACAUAUCCGCCAAAAUCUUACUCAGUAAGUCAAUAGAACAUAACCCGAAACUAACAUCCGUCACUUUUUUAAAAGUAACUUCACGAAGAACAAUGUCGGAUAAUACUAUGUGACUGUGUUGACUCCAAAGUAAAAUGAAGCAUGUGACUUUUCUAGAAAACUGUAUAAUUAAAAGUUGAUGUUAUUUAUUCCGUUUUAAAACGAAUUCUCUUUUUCACUUAUAUGCAAAAUUUCGUAAUUAUUGAUUUAGAAUUAAAAAAGUUAUGUAAAAAAAACUAACAUAAUUAUUUCAAAUGGCUGUCCUGUAAAGUUUAAUAUUUGUUAGAUUCGUCAUUAUUCUACGACUAUGACGAUAUCUACCCGAGUGCUAAAUUUUAUCCAAGUCCGUUGAGCUGUUUCCUACGUUUACUUUGAACAAACUAUUGAUUAUUAAAAAAAAAAGACAAAGCUCAGCAAAGAAAUUUAAGCUACAAAUUAUACAGAAUUACGUAAAUACGCAUUACGCACGCGUUUCUAAUAGCUUUGAUAUUAAAAAUAUAUAUCUAUUGUGAUGUGCUGUGUUUUAUACAAUCAUCGAACUAGCUGAAAACGCUACAAUACCUAUGUCUACUGAGAAUAGUAAUAUGCCCCGAACUUAAAAAAUACAUAUAGUUGCUACGAUGCAUGCCCCUAUGAAAGUGUAAGCGGAAGUGUAAUUAGGGCACCCACUUUUCACCUGUUUGUUCGGUUCCAUAAUGUGAUAGGGGGCGUGCCUAUCGCCAUAUCGGGCACUAAUUCAAGACUCCGGGAUAAUAUUGACAGGAUCCAAACCCGGGACCUCAGAGCGCUGAGGUACCGCGCAUGUAAUACAACUACGUCACCGAGUCAUAUUAAAUGUCUGCAAUAUACUGUAGACCGGAAAACGGCACUGCACUGGUCGCAUUGCUGUUUGGGGCUAGAAAUAGACAAAGCGAUAAUACCUACCUAGAGGCGAUCGGUUAUAAACCAAGUCAAAAAUCGCAUUUUGUAGUCCCAAGAACUGGACACGCUUCUGUAUAAUACCUGAAUUGAAUUAUGCCUGCGUAUUUACUCUCUGUUUCGCAUUCCAAAUCAAGCCAGUGUAACGUGCGUGUAGCUAAGCGAGUUACAACUCUCUUGACAUUAAAUGUUUGCUCUUUUUAUUAAAUUACCGUUCUCUCUGUAAAUUUUAUUAAAUUAUAAUCAGUAUUAUGUCCGCAGAGAAUUGUUUCAUUUUGCGUAAAUUUUUAUAUCAGUUAUAAACACGUGUAGUCUUAACUAGAUUUGUAGGUCACGCGGUUCGAUCUCGCCACUUUGACCCAAUCUGUGAAGUUGAAUACAUGUCAGAGCAAUCUAUAUCGAAGCAAUACCGUGGUAGCUUUUUAAUCAAAUUACACUGGGCUACUUUUUUAUGUAAUUCCUAUUUUAUUGCCUAAUGUGUUAUUUUGCGUAUACCUACGGAUUAAUAAUAAUAAAACUAUAUUUGGAGAUAUCAUUUUAUUAUUUAGGGAAAGCUAUGCUUUAGAGGUGGUUGAUGUCAGUAUGGGGCUGAAUAGUAAAACAAAUUCAAAUUGUUAGAAUAUAUAUUAUAGUACAUAUUACUCGUAAACUGAAACGCAAGAGCAAGCUUAAAUGCGUUUCCUUUAGGCUACGUUCAGCGUACACGGCGUCGAUAUUAUACAUUUUGUUACUUAAUGUGAACUCCUCUUACCGAGGUGGUGAAUCCAUCUCAAUAAAACAAUCUUGACCUUGACUUGAAAAUAAUAUCCAAAAACAGUUAAUAAAAUAAUCUCAGUUUCAAAUGUAGUUGUAAAUCGGUAUGAUGAUAAGAAAUAUUAUAUAGAUCAAUUACUGUUAAAUUUUAAGGUUAACUGUCUAUUAUACUAUAUUUAUCUUGAAUAAUAUGAAAACGGAUUAUGGAUAAUAACAUCUCAGAAAAACAUCGAUUAAGAAUUAUCAUGUAUUAUAUACAAAUACGUCAUAUAUGUUUAUGAUGUAAUUGUAUAUUAUCUAUUAUCUUUUUGUGUGGGUUUAAUCGCAUAAUAAAAUUAUGAGGGCUUUUCGCAAAACCAUUCCUAUUUGCUGGUUUUUUUUACGUAAAAUUUUAUGAAGUGUGGCGAUGAUUAUUUAAUCUAAAAUAUAUAAUGUAAUAUUUUUUGUAUCGAAUUAUAAUCGUAUAAAAAUAUAAUAUUUGAUAUUUAAACAAUUUUAUUGUUAUUGUUUGUAAAGUUGGUA